AUGAUCACAGUCAACGCGGAUGGGAAGAUAAUGGUCAGGAGAUGCCUCGUCACCUUGAGACCCUUUAGGAUAUUCGUGCUGGGCAUUGGAUUUUUCACCCUGUGCUUCCUAAUGACAUCGCUGGGAGGGCAGUUCUCAGCCAAGCGCCUGGGGGACUCACCCUUCACCAUCCGCACCGAAGUGAUGGGUGCGCUGGAGUCCCGAGGGGUGCUGCGGCGGAUGAGCGACAUGCUUGAGAUGCUGGUGAAGAGGAUGGACAUCCUGGCCAGGCUGGAGAAUAGCACUGACUUCCACAAAGGGGAUGAAGCACGACUCCCUAUGGACAGGUUCCAGCCAGCAGCUGGCCUGAUGGAGAGGAUCCAAGCUAUAGCUCAAAACGUCUCAGACAUCGCUAUAAAAGUAGAUCAGAUUCUCCGGAACAGCCUCCUGAAUGGGAAAGUGGCAGAAGGCAGGAGGGACCAGUGCGAAGUGCCCAGGGACCCCAAGUACCCUGACUGUGCUGGGAAGGUGGAGUGGAUGAGGGCCAGGUGGACCUCUGACCCCUGCUAUGCGUUUUUUGGCGUGGAUGGCACCGAGUGCUCGUUCCUCAUCUACCUCAGCGAAGUUGAGUGGUUCUGCCCUCCCCUGCCCUGGCGAAACCGGACAGCAGCUCCUCCUUCACCCCCACCACAGCCCCGUGUGCAGGCAGCUUUCCGGAGCGACCUGGCUCACCUCCUGGAGCUCAUCGGCACGGGCAAGGAGUCCCUCAGCUUCAUGAAGAAGCGAAUCCAGCACUUGGCCCAGCAGUGGCUGCGGGCAGCUUGGCGCCUUGAGCAGAAGCUGAAGGGCCGGCAAAGGGACCAGAAACAGAUCUUGAUCCAUAUCGGCUUCCUGACAGAGGAGUCAGGGGACGUUUUCAGUCCCCGGGUGCUGAAGGGAGGCCCUCUGGGCGAGAUGGUGCAGUGGGCUGACAUACUGGCUGCCCUCUUCCUCCUGGGUCACAGCCUGAGGGUCACGGUCUCCCUGAAGGAGCUGCAGAGACAUUUAGGGGUGCCUCCAGGACGGGGAAACUGCCCCUUGACCAGUCCUUUACCUUUUGACCUGAUCUACACCGACUACCACGGUCUUCAACAGAUGAAGCAGCACAUGGGGCUCUCCUUUAAGAAAUACAGAUGCCGUUUCCGGGUCAUCGACACCUUUGGGACGGAGCCAGCAUACAACCAUGAGGAGUACGCCACGCUGCGCGGGUACCGCACCAACUGGGGCUACUGGAACCUGCAGCCCACCCAGUUCAUGACCAUGUUCCCUCACACCCCCGACAACUCCUUCAUGGGCUUCGUGUCAGAGGAGCUCAACAAGACAGAGAGGCAAUUCAUCAAGUCCAACAAAGUGAGCAGCAUGGCAGUGGUGUACGGGAAGGAGGCCAGCAUCUGGAAGUUGCAGGGCAAGGAUAAGUUCCUGGCCAUCCUCAACAAGUACAUGGAGAUCCACGGCACAGUUUAUUAUGAGACCCAGCGGCCGCCCGAGGUCCCAGCGUUUGUGAAGAACCAUGGGCUGCUGCCACAGCACGAGUUCCAGCAGCUGCUGAGGAAGGCCAAGCUCUUCAUUGGCUUCGGGUUCCCCUAUGAGGGUCCUGCUCCACUGGAGGCGAUUGCCAACGGCUGCGUUUUCCUGCAGGCGCGUUUCAACCCCCCACACAGCUCCCUCAACCAUGAGUUCUUCCGUGGGAAGCCGACAUCAAGAGAGGUAUCCUCCCAACACCCAUAUGCUGAAGACUUCAUUGGGAAGCCACAUGUGUGGACUGUCGACUACAAUAACUCUGAAGAGUUUGAAGCUGCUAUCAAAACCAUCGUGAGGACCCAGGUGGACCCUUACCUGCCUUACGAGUACACCUGCGAGGGGAUGCUGGAGCGGAUCCAUGCGUACAUUCAGCACCAGGAUUUCUGCACCACAUCGUCCCCUUCUCUGCCUCCCAAGGCUAAGAGUCCUGCUAUGCAAAGCCCUCCAAGCGUGCUGGUGCUGUCCCCCAAUGCCACUCACCUCAUGUGGUCCCCCAGCGCCAGCCGGGACCCCCAUGCCUGGCCGCCAGUGGACUCGCUGCAGGUGUGGCUGUCAGAGGCAUGGCACUCAUGCACUGAGACGUGCCGGCGGCGCGGGCUGGUCUGUGAACCCACCUUCUUCAGGUUCCUCAACAAGAAGGACGUGUUUCUCCAGCUCAGCAUCACCUGCGACAGCACUGAGUACGAGAUGAACCAUCUUUACCCAGCAGUGGCCGAGAACGUCCAUGAGUGCUACCUCCAGAAGGAGACACUGCUCUUCAGCUGUGCAGGCUACAACACCAAGUACCGGCGCCUCUGCCCCUGCCGUGACUUCCGCAAAGGACAAGUGGCUCUGUGCAGGGACUGCUUGUGA